AAAGUAGUAGAGCCACCCUCCACUACCCAUUUUAUUAGAGAGAAAAGAGACGAGAGAGAGAUGGGCUGCUACAGCAUUUCCAUGUUGGAGGUGGCCACGGUGGUUCUGUUGUUAAGUUUAUUCGGAUCGGCGGCCGGUCAAACGACGCCGGGUUGUGCUCAGGACCUUCUGCCGUGCGCGGACUACCUCAACAGCACAGCUCAACCAUCUGCCACCUGCUGCACCGCCAUCAAGCAGACGGUGGCCACCCAGCUUCCGUGUCUCUGCAACCUCUUUUACACUCCCGGACUUCUCGAGAGUUUGGGCAGCAACAUCACUUCCGCUCUCAGAAUCGCCACCGCUUGCGGCCAAUCACUUGAUACAUCCAAAUGCAAAACUGUCGUAGUUGCUCCUACACAAUCCCCACCUGCAGCCACAGGAACACCGGGAAAUGACGAUGGCGGUUCCGGCAGGGUAGAGUGGACUGGAUUUUUUGCUCUUGUCUUAUUGUGGGCUUCUGUCAUGCUAUAUUAGUCCUUUUCUAUCAACUUAUUUGAGUAAAUAAUGCAAACAACAAUCGAUAUUAGGGUCAUGAGCUCACAGAUUCGGAGAUUAUGUUAUUUGUUUCGUGUCGCUUUACAUUAAUUUUUUUUAAUAUCAUUUUACUAUUUUACCUUA